UCGUAUCUAUUCCUCUCUCAAAUCAAUCAUUUUGCCUUGAAGGACUUGUAAUAUUAACAUUUUUUAAAUAAAUUAUGAUGAAAACAGUCCAUUUUGAUGUGAGAGGACAAUUUGGAAGUGACUUUUCACUGGAGGAAGCAUUUUUUUGGAUGAUGCACUAUUAUUUUGGCCAAAAGUGAUGGUUUAAACACUUUAAUGAUGGAUUUGUUUAUUACAAACACACAGCUUUUUGCUUUACAAGAUGUUAAUUGAUCUACUGGAUUAUUGUGAUGUUUUUAUCAGCUGUUCAGACUCUCAUUCUGACGGCACCCAUUCACUGCAGUGGAUCCAUUGAUGAAAUGAACAAUUGAUGAAAUUCUACAUUUCUCCAAAUCUGUUCAGACAUAGAUAGCAGCUACAUCUUGGAUGACCAUUUUAAUUUUUGGGUGAUCUGUUUCUUUAAAAGCAUUUCUUAGGUACGGUAUGUACGUGUGACUUCCUUCCUCAGUGGUUGGUAGAGAAUCGCCCUCUUCAGGGUUUCAAAGCUCUGAAUCUAAAAAGCCUGUUUGUUCAUCUGAAAGCCUGUUUGAAAGCAACCAGAUUUCAUCAUCUCAAUGUAUUUUAGUUGCAGAAAAAUCACAAAGAUCAUCCAGCAUCUUAUCUGUCUACUAGUAUGGUGUCAAGCUGUAGAAACGUUAACAGAACUAACAAAUUUGGGACACAAUGUGUCCAUAAACUGUGAUCUAGAAGAAAAAGAGAUUUAUUGGAUGCUACUGAAGCUACCAAAUCCUCCGGUUAUGAUAUUGCGGUUAUUUUCAACUUCACCAACUCCUUUUUACUACGAUCCACGUUUCAGAUUUAAAUAUGCAGUGCAACCUAAACAUCAUCUAGUCAUAAGAAAUGUCACUACUGAUGACUUAGGUGUUUAUUACUGCAUGAGCACAGAGGCACCUCCAAAAUUCAGCAGCGGCACCAGACUUCACAUCAUUGAACAAACUAAAUUACCUGAGUGUCAGAAUCACACUGUGGUGAAGUAUAUUGAGCAGAAUCAUACAGCGGUGAAUUAUACUGACCAGAUUCAGAGACCAUGGAUGAUUAUUAUCAUCAUAUCUGGUCUAAUGCAUGGUGUUCUGGUCUUUGUGGUUAUUGGUUGUGUAUGUUGCUACUCCAGAGAAAAGUUAAAAAACCAAGAAGCAGAUUUAGAGCAGACUCUUCGCAAACAACUUAAAGAGCCAAAGACAACAAAUACUGAGGUGGUCUUCUCUCAGAUGCAUGAAGACUUUGAACAAAACCGGUGCUUUUCUCCUGCAGCCCAAAUCAUAAAGAGAAAAGCUUCUUCUUGACAUUAUAUCAGCAGGUUGCUUACUUUUGCUGUAAAUAUAAAAUUUCAUAAUAUAUAUUUAAUGAAUAAAAAAAAUAAGAAAUAGACAUCAGAAAUGAACUACUCUCUCGCUUUUUUUAUAAACAAGCAAUGGAAUUAUCCACCUACUAGAUGAUGGCUAGCCAAACGCUUCUUUGCAGAUCAAAUAUAGGCAUUGUGGUUGGCCUUGGCCAGACAAGCUCAGUAAAGUUUUCCACACAUGGUCACCUGAUCACCAGUGAACUGCGAAGCCAAUUGGUUUAACCUUUAACUGUAUGAAACUUUUUUAGUUUUAUAGAUAUAUAGAUAGUGUUUAUAUAUGUAGAAAUGUAAACAAUCAUGUAGAAACAACAAUCAUUCUAUAAAACUGCUAAAACCCUGUUGUCUGCACUGCCAUUCUUUUUCAAUUUGAGGUAUACUUAGAUGUUCACUCUGUUCAAGGGUGAACCACCUGUCUAGACAAAGAUGGGACC